AUGCUCGAUGAGAACCUCCCCACAUUCUUUGUGAAGCGAUCUUCGGAAAACCCGAAGUCUCACUCAACCCUCUUUGUCGCUCAGCAUGGAAAAGAGCCUCAGCCCGCGUACGCUGUCCGGCAUCUAGACCCUACGUUACAGACGUCUCGGAAUCGAUACGCGGUUGCCCUAUAUGAUGCCUUCUGCCCCGAUGCUCUAUACGGAGAGGUGCUCAUAGUUCCUAAAUGGACACACCCUACUUUUUCUCAAGAGGCAAUCAGGGCGAAUGGCGGAGUGCAGCCGCCGCCGGAGCCUAUAAUGCCCACCGAAUUUACUAUUCAGCUAUACAACCCCGAGCAACAAAUUAUGGUCCGUCAUAAACCCAAGACAUGGAAUACACCAGCAACAUGGGGGUUUGAGAUGCCACAGAGGACCUUCCGGGAGCCCUCUAAGUCGCAACUCGAUAAGACGCUUACUACUCCCGCAACAUCAGAUGCGACAUCCCGAUUACGUUUCAAUUGGCGGAAGGACGGUAGAAUGGGCUCUAAGGAGCUCGGCUGCUACUUAUCGGGGAAAGUUAUCGGUCCAAGUGGGAACUCGAAGAAGAACCGGGAACCUGACAUAACUGUCGCCAUCUUCAGCGCAUUUAAGGAAAUUACUCUGUACGAACCAAACUUUUCUCGAGUUGAGAUGGAAGAUUACAAGGGGCUAGAGAUUGUUCUUAUGCUAGGUGCAAUGGUCAUCCGAGAUGUAUAUUUCAGUCCGAUGAAGGAAGCAUUUAAUGUCGUUCACCCUUCCUCAAACCCUGCAAGCCCAAUAGACAGACCAAUAACCACUCCUGUGCCUUCAAGGCCCCUGAAUGGCGCGACCAUUAAGCCUCCAGUCGCUAGCCAUCCACCAAGAACCCAGCUGACCACCCAGACACUCCCUCAACGGCCUCCCCAGCGAGCUACUGAGCCUCCCCGCCAAAAUAUCCCCCUUGCUGACCCCCGCACGCAAUGGGAGCUGGACGCUGAAUCCCACGCGUUGAAACAGCAAAAUGAGGCAGAGAAGCGUUCACGUCUCAAAAAGGACAAGGAAGCCGAAAGACAAACCAAAAAGCUUCUGGAAGCUGAAGAAAAGGAGGCCAGAAAGCGUCAAGCGCAGAUUGAUAAAGAGACCGAAAGGCUAAAGAAGAUAUACGGUAAGGAAGAGAGUAAGGUACAUAGGCUGCAACAGAGGCAGCCACCUGCUCCCAGGCCAGCGCAGCCGCCACGCCAGGCCCAAGCACAGUCACAAGUGCAAUUCGUUCCUCCGAGACCACAGUCAGUCCUUGGUGGAUUAAGGCCACCACAGCAACCGCCGGCCCAGCUAAAAGAGAAACGGAGUAUAUUUGGCUUCCGAAAAAAAGAGAGUAGCGUUCCAACCAAUACACUCUUGAAGAAAAGGAGUUCUAUGUUUUAG